AUGAGUAAAAAGUGUGCUCGAGAAGAAUGUGGAAAAACGGUGUAUCCAAUUGAGGAGUUGAAAUGUUUGGAUAAAGUUUGGCAUAAACAAUGUUUCAAAUGCACAGUUUGUGGAAUGACAUUGAGUAUGAAGAAUUACAAAGGAUAUGAUAAAAGACCGUAUUGUGAGCCGUAAGUUUGUUUUUCUAGGAGUCAGAGGGUUUGUCAGAAGAAAAAAAGCUCAUAACAUCUUCCGGCUGAAGUAAACACCCUCGAAAAUUCAGAAAUGGCCUGAGGCUUAAAAAAAAUUGAAAAUCCUUGAACAUUAGAUAUCCAAAAAAAUCCCUAACAGAUGAAUCUGGAAAAUGAGCGAAACAAAAUUGAAGAAAUUUUUAAAAAUUUCCCCUUAUCUCUCAAAACUACCCUAACUCGCCUUAAGCUCCAAAAAUUCCUCAAAUUUCAGUCAUUAUCCAAAAACAGUUGCUUCUGCUGUGGCUGAUACGCCGGAAAUGCGAAGAAUCGCGGAAAACACGAAAAAUCAAAGUAAUGUAGGUGUUUUUGUUUGAGAAAAAAAAAGAUAGAAAAACUAUUUUUAGAUCAAAUAUCAUGCGGAAUAUGAGAAGAUGAAAGGUACGAAAAUUGAAAUUUGUGAUGAUCCGGAAAUGGAACGAUUGAAGAAAAAUACACAGGUUUGAAUUUGCAAGGGCUAAAAAAGUUUUAAAAAGUAUGCGGUGGUUUCAUUUAGCCAACAGGAAAAAGGGAUUUGAUUUUAGAAUAUGAAAACAAUAUCUAGAUAAAAAAUUCCAAAAUAAUAUGAAAUUGCUCCUAGGUUCAAGUACCUUUCUAAAUCAGAUUUGUUUAGGUCACACCUAUUUGAAUUUUCAAAAUUUUAUAAGAGAAAUUUACAAAUAUUUAAGAAUUUCUAAAAAUCUAAAAAUUUAGGAAACAUAAAUCAUUUCUCGAAAUAAAAAAAAACUCACAUUUUCUUGAUUUGACUUCAAAUUGAAAUUGAAAUAGAGAAGAGUUGAUGGAAGAAUUCUGAAAAAAAUAAUAAUUUGUAGAAUCAGGGUUUUAUCUCAAUGUAAAGAUCGCACGAAAAUAUAAGGGUCAGUUUGAAAGUUAAUUGUCUUCAGAAUUAAUGGUACAAAAAUCUUGAAAUUUAAAAUUUUCCUAUCCUAAUUUUACACAAAAAUUCUCAGGUUCAAUCCAACAUCGGAUAUCACGGCAUUUUGGAGAAAAAAGAAAAACAAGAAGAAAUUCGUCCAGCCGAAAUUCCCGGCGAACAACAACAAGCACCACAAAAUGGUGAGUAUUUCUUAUCAAAAAAUUAUUUUUUAAUUCAAAGUCUCCAAAAAUUGUUUUGUCCGUCAGUAAAAGCAUGUUUUUUAACCUAACAAAGCCUUUUUAUGUUUCACAAUUGUUCAAUGCGCAACUUCAAACCGUGGAAGUGGUGGAGUUGUUUAUAAAAUGGAAUAUGUGAGCUUGAAACAGCAAAAUAUUGUAGAAGAAGAAGAAAAAGAAGAAGAAGAAGAUGAUUAUUAUAACAUUCCAGUUAUCGUAUAUCCAACUACUUAGGAAAUUGAAAAUUAUUUAGGAUUUUGUGUUUUUUUGUGUUGUGUUAAUUUAUGUUGUUUUUGCUGAAGUUUAAAAUUUUUCUAUUUUUCAAAUUUCAAGCGCUUCGAAUUCGAAUAUUUGGUCUAUUUUUAUCACAAAAAUUCGGACCGAGAUUGGAAAAUUUUGAAAUUCAUUUUCAGAGUUGUGACCUUGAAUUACAAAUUCUUCAAUCUUUCUUCAAAAAUCCGAAACAUUACUCACAUUUUUUCAGUUUCCGAAGUUUGGAAAUUAAAAUUUUUCAAAUAUUUUUCCUACAAAAAAAAUAGUUCACGUUUUAGAAUUUUUGUGCUCAAAAAUUUAUGAUAAAAAACUGACCAAAAAUUCCUAUGGACUUAUUUACUUCGCUCAUUGCUUCUUCUAUUCUUUUUUUCUAUCUCGUCCAAUUUUUGUCCGAAAUUUCUAGAAACCCUUUGAAAAUUGUUGUAAAAUCUUCAGAGAAAGCGGUUGAACUUGUGGAAGAAUCAGCGAAAAAGGAAGAGAAAAAAGCAAAAAGAAUUGUGAAAAAAUCCUCGAAAACCGUCACGAAAUCAAAUGAUAAUAAGCUUUGAAAAACUUCCUAACGCUUUUUUCGUGGAAAAACUUAAUCCCAGUAGUGUUGUCUAGAAAAGAUAUGCAAUGAUAUGAAAUGAAGUUUAUCUGAAACUGCAUGUUUUUCAACGAAAUAUUAAAUUCAGGUUUGAAUUCGGUAUCUUCUCGAAAUGGAGUUGAACAAGUUGCUCAACAAUUGGCUAACACUAAUUUGAUUUAUUCAGUUGAGCAAGGAGGAGCAGGUGAGAUUUAGAAAUUAAUUAUUUAAUUAAUCUCAAUUUUUUCCUAUCAGUUUCUCCACAACAAAAUCAACAACGAUCUGUCGGAAGUAUUGCGGAUUAUGAUCCAAUUAAUGGUAAUUGGGGAACAUCUGGAAGCGCUGCAAAUCAGCGAAAACCAAAUGAAAAAUUGGGAUAUUUGAGUAAGCUUUUGUAAAUUUUUUGUGUUGUUGGCUGGAUUUAAAAAAAGGCAGUUGGGAGGAGGAAAUCUUCACGGAAUUUUUAAAAUUUGGCACCAAAACUUAAAUUUCUUCUCUCACCCUUCAAAAAUACAUCGCUUUGUGAAUUGCAAUGUCGUGAGCUUUCAUCUAGCAAACACGAAUGUUUUUGGUUGCUUGCACGUGGUUUUCUCAAAUUUUACAGAGACUCAAGUCGACAAUGGUCCCCCAAAAUUCUGUGCUGAUUUUGCAGCCGCCCAACCGCCGCCAUCAAGUUUGGCCUCCUCUGCAUCACCGCAUUCAAAUCUCUCCUCACCACAAUCAACUUUAUCGCCAACCGGAAAAGCUGGAUUUGCUGUUAAGGCGAUUUUUGACUAUACGGCUGCUGAUAAGGAUGAAGUGGGUUUUUAGGCAAAAAGUACUUAGAAUCAGAAUUUUGAAAAUUGGGCCGGGUCCCAGUCUAAUUUAAAAAGCAUAAAAGAGAAUUUAGAUAAUUUUUUUCGAAAAAUUGGAAAACAAUCUUGAAAAAUUAAUUUUUUCAAAGUUUCAGAAUAAAAAUAGAAAUUUUUUCUCAAUUCCUAAAUUCCCCUGAUAUUUGCAGGUCUCAUUUUUGGAAGGUGACAUCAUUGUGAAUUGCGAAAAAAUCGAUGAUGGCUGGAUGACUGGAACAGUUCAAAGAACACUUCAAUGGGGAAUGUUACCAGCAAAUUAUGUUCAAGUUCAUAAAUUGCCAACUGGCCUUCAUCGACUUAGCUAA